CAACUGAUAGUCUGCUAACAUUGAUCGUGAAGUGUGCACAAUAAUUGUACAUAUUUCUAUAAGUUUUUCUCUUUUGUUUUAAUUUUUAUAUAAAUUUCAUAUAUAAAUAUAUAUAUUUCGACUAUAGAUUAUAUUUUGGAAUAAUAGUAGUGAAAGUGUGACCAUGUGGCCUUUUAUACUUUUUUAUUCAUUACUUAUACUACAAAAAUCGGAAUGUGUAGGUGAUGUAGUAACAGUGAGAGAAGUGACAGCUGGACAUUUGGCUGAGCUUCCAUGCUUAAGUAUUGAUGAUCAUCAUCGUUUUAUGUUCUGGCAAUUUGGAAAUAAUGAUGUUAUUGGGCCAGGAAAUCCGUUAAAUGAAAAAAAAUAUAAUUACGAGGUAUUGACUGGCAAACUCAUGAUUAGGGGUGUAUCAACAGCAGAAUCUGGUUUCUACAAAUGUGUCUCGAGAGGUUUAUCAGAUGAGUCUAGUUUCAAGAUUCACUCUGUUGAAUUAGUAGUUAAGAAAGAUUGGGAAGAUGUUUGGGAAACUGAUUUUGAGACAAAUUUACUACGAGGACUAGCUGCUGUGAUGGUGAUAGUUGUUGCUGUAGCUGUUGUUCUUUUAAUUAUUACCAUCAAGAGAAAGAAAAAUCAAAGAUUUUUCGAUUUGGAGGAGUCGAGAGAAAAUUCUCCUGCACGGUACAGUCCAAAUAUUACAUCAGGUGUUGCAUCAACCGCUGAAGUUAGUGGUGGAGUCGAUAAUGCUGCUCUUGACAUUGACUUCCCUAGAGUGUUUAAACAAAUGCAGAAGGAACAAGCAAUGCCAUAGAUUGCGAGAGAGAUUAUUACACAACAUAGAAUUAUUAUACAUAGUAGAAUAUCUAUAUGAACAUACAUACUUCCUGCAAGUACUUUUUCUCAUUCUUAGAUAUGAAAGAAACAAUGUAGUUCUGUUGCUUCGAAAUGUACAUAUAAUUAUUCAAUAUUAUAUCGUACAAACAAUAUUUAGUUUAUAAACUAUUAUAGUAAAUAUAUUUUAAAAUUAUUCAAUA